AUGCUGACUAGACUGCUGACGAUAGCACUGGUGGCAGCGAGCUGGCGCACCAGCGACGCUUGUUCGUGCUCGCUUGAACAUCCACAGACACACUUUUGUAACAGUGACUUUGUAAUUGUUGGACGAGUUCAAAGACUGUUUAGAGGCAAAGAUUUCUACGACGCUUACAAAGUGAAAAUCCGAAGCGUUUUUAAGGCAACUCCAAAGGCAGCUUUAGCUUUAAAAUCAGGUCGAAUUUUGACGCCUUCACAGGAUUCAUUAUGCGGUGUUAGCCUACAGCCUCGAGAGACCUAUGUCAUUACGGGUCGCGUGAUGCACCUGCAAGCACACGUCCAGCUGUGUAGCUACAUCAACAAAUGGCGGGAGGUGACGCCUAGACAGAGGAAAGGCUUCCGUGUUUUGUAUAGACAGGGCUGCACGUGCAAGGUGCACAUAAACCGACGCAGUACGAAGUCUCCAAACACAUGUGUCGCAGGCUACGACGAGUGCUACGAACGACACGGCAUCUGCUUACACGAUAGGGACAGGCGGUGCAGGUGGACUAGAGCACCAGCCCUGACCAGGUGUCUACAGAAGCAAUAUCACAACAAUAACAGCACUAUGACUUGA